AAUAAUGGUGGGAACUCCUCGUACACAACGGUUCACGGCCAGUUACCAGUGCAAGGGCAGACAGCGAUACAGUUGGAGGUUAUUGUGUGUGAAUAAAAAAUGAAUACAUUUUUGAACAAUAACAACAGCAGUGUUUGGCCAAAUGGGAUGGAUGUAUCACACCAAAGUACUAAACGACAGAGGAUGAAUGAAUCAUUAGAGGAUCCAAAUCAACAGCCAUUUGCUGCUCCGCCCUGUUCAUGUGGUAAGAAGUUUUUACCGGUGAGGAAGAAUGAUACUACCUUUAUCACAGAAGACUGGCGGUCUACAGGGACGUCACUGUUUAAACCUUUAGUUCAGGAUAUUUUUGUGAAUCUAGUGAAGUACGAACAGUUCAGUAUGUCAGAGGGCACUUUUUUUGUUGCAGAUAGUUUUGGGAACUACUCAAAUUCUGUCACAGGCCAGGUGCUACACAUGUGGAGGUAUGACAAAUCAAAGAAGCAGCUAUUUAUAGCCCAGUCGAUUCUUUUCACCUGUCCACAGGACUUGGUUGUGAUACAGGCGGUGCUACACUCCAUUUAGAUCAUUGGUUGAGAUACAGGCGGUGCUACACUCCAUUUAGGUCAUUGGUUGUGAUACAGGCGGUGCUACACUCCAUUUAGGUCAUUCCUUUACGUCAUUAGAUGCUGGUGUGUAGAUAUAAGGUGCUGACUACAAAUAGAUAUUCUCACCUACCUUGUAACCUGCAUGGUAACCAUCUACAGGUGUUUGAUGGUGAUGAAGAUGGUGCUAUACUCAAUGUUUGGGUACCUGUGUAUAUCGUACCUACCAUAAUACUAUCUACAGGUGUUUAAUGGUGACACAAAUGAUGCGACACACCCAACGGGACCUCGUACAGUACGUUAGGCCUUCUACUGGUGUUUUAAUCAGAAAAAAAUGUCUUCGAUAUUUUAAAAAGUUAUAUUUGCAUGACCUUGUAAUGAACAUUUAUUUAACAGCCUUUAAAUGAAUUUAUGAUGUCACAUGAUAUUUGCAUGUGUACAGGCUCACUACAGGGGCCCGAGUACAGGGGCCCGACUACAGGGGCCCCGAGUACAGGGGCCCCGAGUACAGGGGCCCCGAGUACAGGGGCCCGACUACAGGCUCACUACAGGGGCCCGAGUACAGGGGCCCGACUACAGGGGCCCGACUACAGGCUCACUACAGGGGCCCGAGUACAGGGGCCCGAGUACAGGGGCCCGACUACAGGGGCCCGACUACAGGGGCCCGAGUACAGGGG